GUCCGCGGUCCGAUAGCCGUUCACACCGUUGACAGCGCACUCAAGGCCGGUCCGAAAGCCUCCGUGAGCACAUUGGUAUGAGCGCGUGACGUCACCUAUUGCGUCACGGAUAGCGUUUACGAGACGUUCACGGCGUACAGGCUGCAAGGCAUGAGCGGGUUAAGCGCUUGCGCUGUUCGCGGCUAUCGGACCGCGCAAUGCGCGUUUAUUACCACGACCGAGCAAUUAGGCGGGAACAAAUUUUGGAAAAAUAAUUAUUUAUACCUUUUGUGUAUAUUAUGGCUGACGUUGAAAUUCCGGUGCAGGCUGAAGGACAAGAGUUGCUAUCAUUGAUAGUGAGUGCAGCUGAUGCCGCGAAAAUCUAUUCCGGAGGUAAAUAGAAUCAGCUUGCUGAUGAAAUAUAGAGACUUGCAAAGACUCAAUUGCGUUCAUUUAUAUUUUCAAGUCUUGGCCAAUUAAUAAUAGUUAUUCUUUGUCUUUAUAUUACAUGAGGCUCUAUUAAAUCGUCUGUACCACGAUGUUAUAGAGAAAAAAAACAAAAGCCAUCCAGACCAGAGCGCAUCAGCUUGUACGCCGACCGCUGCACCUAUUCCUUGUUCUACUCUUCCCCCUGCAUUUCCUCAUCCACUUGAAGAAGAAGAUGAAGCUAUCAGUGGUCCUGCUCCACCUGGAGUAGAAAAGGCAGAUGAGGAAGAUAAGUUUUUGUGGCCUACACAAAUGGUUUUUCUGCUAUUGUCUAAAUUCGAAGAGUAUAGGCCACAAUUUGAUGCGGGGGAGAAAACCCAUAAGUCAUUGUGGUUACAAAUUGCAGAAGAUAUUAAAAAGCUAACUGGAUCUACCCUUUCCCAUAGUCAACUUCAGUCAAAGCUAAAUGGCCUCAAAAACCGAUACAAAAUAAUAUUGGCGAGGAAGGGUAGAUCUGGUAGUGGCACUAUUAGAUGGCCGUACCUAGAGCGGAUGGAAGAAUUAUUUGGUCGCUGCGCAUGGGCCAAUCCCAAGGCCACUGCUGACGAAAGGGGCCCCAUUCAGCCAGAACCCAUUGCCAAAAAAAUGAAGAAAACAGAUGUCACUGCCCUAGAAAAAUUAAAAUUACGGAAAGAGAAAGAGGAUCGAAGUAGAGCCAGAGAAGAAAAACGUAUGCAGGCACUGCAGGAAUUGAUGGAAAUGAAGGAAAGGCACCAUAAAGAAAAAAUGGAUGCUCUAAAGAAGAUAGGCGAAGCUUUGGCAGGGCGUAAAUUAUUUGAAGAUGAAAACUAGGCUUCGUGUAUUCGGGUUUGGUCAAUUUUUGCAUAUUUUUAUUUUUUUUGUUUGUUUUGAUAAUAUUCGUUGAAUUCUGUUCUGUUG